GCCGGCGCCGACCUCGCUCUGCCCAUCGGGGCGGGCGAGCUAGGGACCCUGCCUCCUGAGCGCCCGCCCGCGGUCCGCCCCCCGCGCUCGUCCCGGCGGCCGGCGGGACGCCCGAGCCCGCGCCCGGGAGCCUCCCCCAGCGAGCCCGCGCCGCCGCCGGACUGGAGCUGCACGUCUGAGCUGGCAGCGGAGCACGGCGACCGACGAGAUCCUCGAAGGAGACCAAGUUGGGAAGCGCCGAGGGACAAGGAGGAGCGGACCCGCAGCCCCAACGGGGUGGUGGCGUGCGGUCCCGUGCCGCGGCUCCGAAGCCCGAGCGCGGCAGGCGGAGGGCGGCCCGGCCCUCACGGCCAGCGGCAUGGCCUGGGGCUCGGCGCUGCCGCGGCGCACGCCGAGCUGCGCCCCCGCCGUCUGGGCGGCCGUCGCGUUCCUGCUCUCCGUACCCUGGAUCUCAGGUGAAUUGGAGGUGCCGGAUCCAGUUGACCCUUUGGGACCACUGGAGGGCCAGGAUGGCCCUAUGCCAACUCUGAAAGGUUACUUUCUGAAUUUCCUGGAGCCCGUCAACAACAUCACCAUCGUCCAAGGCCAGACAGCGAUUCUGCACUGCAAGGUGGUAGGGAACCCGCCCCCCAAUGUGCGAUGGCUGAAGAAUGACGCCCCCGUGGUGCAGGAACCACGACGCAUCAUCAUCCGCAAGACGGAAUACGGCUCUCGGCUUCGCAUCCAGGACCUGGACACCACUGAUACGGGCUACUACCAGUGCGUGGCCACCAACGGGGUGAAGACCAUUACCGCCACGGGGGUCCUGUACGUGCGCCUCGGUCCGACACACAGCCCAAAUCAUAACUUCCAGGAUGACUACCACGAGGACGGCUUCUGCCAGCCUUACCGGGGCAUCGCCUGUGCGCGCUUCAUCGGGAACAGGACCAUUUAUGUGGACUCUCUGCAGAUGCAGGGAGAGAUUGAAAACCGAAUCACAGCGGCCUUCACCAUGAUCGGCACGUCCACGCACCUGUCGGACCAGUGCUCACAGUUCGCCAUCCCAUCCUUCUGCCAUUUUGUGUUCCCGCUGUGCGACGCGCGCUCGCGGGCGCCCAAGCCGCGGGAGCUGUGCCGCGACGAGUGUGAGGUGCUGGAGAGCGACCUGUGCCGCCAGGAGUACACCAUCGCGCGCUCCAACCCGCUCAUCCUCAUGCGCCUGCAGCUGCCCAAGUGCGAGGCCCUGCCGCUGCCCGACAGCCCCGACGCUGCCAACUGCAUGCGCAUUGGCAUUCCUGCCGAGAGGCUGGGCCACUACCAUCAAUGUUACAACGGCUCAGGGGCCGACUACAGAGGAACUGCCAGCACCACCAAGUCAGGGCACCAGUGCCAGCCUUGGGCCCUGCAGCACCCCCACAGCCACCACCUGUCCAGCACCGACUUCCCAGAGCUCGGAGGGGGCCACGCCUACUGCCGGAACCCCGGAGGCCAGAUGGAAGGCCCCUGGUGCUUUACGCAGAAUAAAAACGUACGCAUGGAACUGUGUGACGUACCCUCGUGUAGUCCCCGGGACAGCAGCAAGAUGGGCAUCCUGUACAUCCUGGUCCCGAGCAUCGCCAUCCCGUUGGUCAUCGCCUGCCUCUUCUUUCUGGUCUGCAUGUGCCGGAAUAAGCAGAAGGCUUCCACAUCCGCCCCACAGCGCCGCCAGCUGAUGGCCUCGCCCAGCCAGGACAUGGAGAUGCCCCUCAUCAACCAGCACAAGCAGGCCAAACUCAAGGAGAUCAGCUUGUCCACAGUGAGGUUCAUGGAGGAACUGGGCGAGGACCGUUUCGGCAAGGUGUACAAGGGCCACCUGUUCGGGGCCACCCCAGGGGAGCAGACCCAGGCAGUGGCCAUCAAGACACUGAAGGACAAGGCAGAGGGGCCGCUGCGGGAGGAGUUCCGGCUGGAAGCCAUGCUGCGGGCGCGGCUGCAGCACCCCAAUGUGGUCUGCCUGCUGGGUGUGGUGACCAAGGAGCAGCCCUUAAGCAUGAUCUUCAACUACUGCCCGCACGGCGACCUGCAUGAGUUCUUGGUAAUGCGCUCACCGCACUCGGACGUGGGCAGCACCGACGAUGACCGCACGGUCAAGUCUGCCUUGGAGCCCCCCGACUUUGUGCAUGUCGUGGCACAGAUCGCCGCGGGCAUGGAGUAUCUGUCCAGCCAUCACGUGGUGCACAAGGACCUGGCCACUCGCAAUGUGCUCGUGUACGACAAACUGGCUGUGAAGAUCUCAGACUUGGGCCUCUUCCGCGAGGUGUACUCCGCCGACUACUACAAACUGAUGGGCAACUCGCUGCUGCCCAUCCGCUGGAUGUCCCCUGAGGCCAUCAUGUACGGCAAGUUCUCUGUUGACUCGGAUAUCUGGUCCUACGGCGUGGUCCUGUGGGAAGUCUUCAGCUACGGCCUGCAGCCUUACUGCGGCUACUCUAACCAGGACGUGGUGGAGAUGAUUCGGAACCGGCAGGUGCUGCCCUGCCCAGAUGACUGCCCGGCCUGGGUGUACGCCCUCAUGAUUGAGUGUUGGAAUGAGUUCCCCAGCCGGAGGCCCCGUUUCAAGGACAUCCACAGCCGGCUGCGUGCCUGGGGCAAUGUCUCCGGCUACCACAGCUCGGCGCAGACCUCGGGGGCCAGCAACACCACACAGACCAGCUCUCUGAGCACCAGCCCCGUAAGCAACGUGAGCAACGCUCGCUACCUGGGGCCCAAGCAGAAAGCCCAGCCCUUCCCGCAGCCCCAGCUCAUCCCCAUGAAGGGCCAGAUCAGACCCAUGGUGCCCCCGCCCCAGCUCUACAUCCCUGUCAAUGGCUACCAGCCCGUGCCCGCCUAUGGCGCCUACCUGCCCAACUUCUACCCAGUUCAGAUUCCCAUGCAGAUGGCACCACAGCAAGUGCCCCCACAGAUGGUCCCCAAGCCCAGCUCACACCACAGUGGCAGCGGCUCCACCAGCACAGGCUAUGUCACCACAGCCCCCUCCAACACAUCUGUGGCUGACAGAGCGGCCCUGCUCUCAGAGGGCACGGAGGACACACAGAAUGUUCCAGAAGAUGUGGCCCAGAGCCCCGUGCUGGAGGCUGAGGAGGAGGAGGAGGAAGGCUCUGUCCCAGAGACUGAGCUCCUGGGAGACAACGACACUGUGCAGAUGGACGAAGCCCAGGUCCAGCUGGAAGCCUGAAGGGGCCCUGACGGAGACCUCGUCUGCCUCUGGGAAGACCAGACGCAGCAGUCCCAAGCCCAAGAACUGUGGGCUGGCGUGCAGGCUGGACGGUGUGAACUGCACCCGUCCUUUCCUGUCCCCUCUGAGCUGCUGUGGCCGUGCUUGUCUGGAGACCGUUUCAAUCAGCAGGUCAUGCUUACGCCAGGCCAGGGGCCGGCCUUGGACCUCUUGGGAAGCAGGCUGCGUGGUACUCGUCCAUACCACCACCACCACUUGUGUUGAACCUGGCAGCUUCUUGGGUCUGAGCAGCAAAUGCUUUGCAAGAUGAUGAGUGGCAUCUUCACUCCAUAUUGUGUAUGGAUUGAAUAUUCUGAGACUGGGCCAAUGGGCCUGCUUAGAGCAGCCAGCAGAUGCCUGGCCCUCUGAGUCUCGGCACCGAACCUGCUGGCUUCUCUGCUGCCUGCCUCCUUGCCCACAACAGUCUCCCCUCAGCUGCCAAAGAUGAUCGGGAACAGGACACUGCCACCUGCUAGGCUCCCGAGAGAGAAAGGAGCCAUCCCCGUAGGAAGAAGACAAUGUGCCUUCAAAGAAACUGACACCGUUUUGUAUUUUUGUGAAAGGGUUUUAAUUAUACUAUAUCUGUUUUGCCCACUUUGCUGGAAAUCAAGGGAAAAGUGUUUCUUGGGUUUAGAGGAAGCAAUAUUGUAUAGAACACACUGUUGUUAUUGUUUUUUUUUUUUUAAGAAUCGUGUACAGACCUGCAAUGUAAUUUAUAUGUUGUUUUCCUUUGUAUGCCAUUUUUCACGGAAAUGUUUUGCUCUAUGAUAAUGACUGAGUAAUUUAACUGUUUACACUCUCCGUGUUGGGAUGCUUGUUUUGUCUCAGCACCACAUGUAAGUGAGGUCCGUUCAUUUCAGAGCCUGGACACAAGCCCCACAGGUGCGCUGUCAGUACCCUGUGCCAUUCCUCCAUCCUGUUUGUAAACCCCACAGCUGGCACGGCCAAUAAAGUGAAA